ACAAACAAACAAAUCCUACAGAAAACAAAGAGUGAGAAACAAAAUGGAAGCAAACAUUUACACCUCAUACACAGAAACAGAAUCAGAAUCUUCUUCUUCGGAAUCGGAAUCAGAAGAUAGUUACAUAAACAUGGAACCCGACCGGGAUUCAUCCUCCUCCUCCUCCUUCCAAAGCUUUCUUAUUAAUAAUAAAGAAUUCGAGUUCCAAAGCUUCUCAAACAGCUCCUCCGACCGCCACACCACCACUUCCCCCGCCGACGACCUCUUCUACAUGGGCAAGCUCCUCCCUCUCCACCACCAAAUCCCAAACAACCAACAAGAACAACAACAACAACAAGAAGAAGAAGAAUAUCCCUUCGGCGGCGGCGGCACCACCCCGCUCUUUAGUACUCCCACGGCCAACACACCUUUCCAAUCAUGCAACAUCUCCCCCGCGGAAUCCUGCCACGUCAGCAGAGAACUUAACCCGGCACAAUAUUUCGCCGACUAUAAUAACAAUAAUAACAAUAAUAAUAAUUUGUCGCGGGAAUUACUCGGCCAACAAAUUAAAAAAUCUCGGCCGCCGAAGCAGAGCAAAAAUAGUAACAGCUCUUCCAGCAGCAUCGGCAUUGGGUCGAAGCUCAAGUGGGCUUACCUCAAAUCUCUGUUCACCACUUCCGGCUGUGCUGCAGUUGACCAAAGCCAGCACCUCCCAAAAGUCAAACACUACUCUCACAAAUCCUCCGCCAAGGUCGACACUCACGCGCCGCCGCCGCCGCAAGCGUUUGGGCAAAUUAAGUCCAAGAAAAAAACAUCAUCAUCUGAUUAUAAUAAUAAUAAUAAUAAUAAUAAUAUUGCCAAGAAAGAAAACACUACUAAUAAUUUAGUGGAGGGUCAUCAUCAUCGGAGAUCGUUUUCCGGAGCUUUCAAGAGGAAAUCGAAGACGAAGACGAAAAAAUCGUCUUCUUCUUCGACGAAUUCGGGCACUGCGGAUUCGAAGAGGUGCGGUGGUGGCUCGAGCUCGGAGAUUGACAGUUCGAUACAGGCGGCGAUUGCUCAUUGUAAGAGGUCACAGAAGGUUGAUAAAGAACGCGCUUUUUGCUCGAUUUCUGCUUCUUAUAUAUGAUCAUUGUCGAAGAAGAUUGCAUUAAGGGAGACCCUUCUUUUGUCCUAAUGGACACCUUGAGUUGAGAUUAAUUUUAAUUUAAUGGGAUGAUGAGAUUCAUAAUAAUUAGAUAUAUAUAUAUAGCUGCAUAUAUAGAAUAGCUUGUUCUGGAUUUCCUUGUGAAGUUCAAAAAUAAAUUUGUCUUUUGCUUUUAUUAAACUUAGUUUCUUAUGAUUGAAUUACUUGUUACAUCAUGCCUUCUUUCUUUGUGGUGCAAUUUUUUUUUUUCUUAU